UCACCGAAAGGGAGGGGCGGCCACCCGGGGACUGUCCCCUGCUUCAGGCGCUCACUUUGCGGGAGGUUUUUUUUCCAGGUUAUCAAUCCAGCGAAUGAGGCCGGGCGAAUGCACGCUGCUGGGUUUAGAAAAAAAACAAAAAAUGAGUAAGCGAGACGCCCCUUCCGUUUUAUGAUAAUCAAGCUGCAAGCAAAUAAAUCGGCUGGCCCUACUGCAAUCUCCUGCACUCGAGUGCCAAGAGAGCCUAUUCCUAUGAAUUACUGAAGCCAUAAGGAAAAUUUUUUUAAAAAUUAAAACUUUACCAUAAUGAGGUGUUGCCACAUCUGCAAACUCCCCGGAAGAGUGAUGGGGAUUCGAGUGCUUCAUUUCUCUUUGGUGGUCAUCCUUGUGUUACUGCUGGUAGCGGGGGCUUUGACCACUUUACUUCCCAAUAUAAAAGAAGACAAGAUGCUCGCUUUGCGUCGGGAAAUAAAAUCCCAGGGCAAGUCCACCCUGGAUUCCUUUACUCUCAUAAUGCAGACGUAUAACAGAACGGAUCUACUAUUGAGACUUUUAAAUCAUUAUCAGGCAGUACCACAUCUGCACAAAGUGAUUGUGGUGUGGAACAACAUUGGGGAGAAAGGACCGGAUGAGUUAUGGAAUUCUCUAGGGCCUCACCCUGUGCCUGUGAUCUUCAAACUACAGACAACAAACAGGAUGAGAAAUCGACUCCAGGUCUUUCCUGAACUGGAAACCAGUGCGGUGUUAAUGGUAGAUGAUGACGUGCUAAUUAGCGCCCAAGACCUGGUUUUUGCUUUCUCAGUUUGGCAGCAAUUUCCUGAUCAAGUUGUAGGAUUUGUUCCUAGAAAACACGUCACCACUUCGUCAGGUAUCUACAGUUAUGGAGGUUUUGAACUGCAAACACCAGGUUUUGGAAAUGGUGACCAGUACUCUAUGGUGCUGAUUGGAGCCUCAUUCUUCAGUAGGAAAUACCUUGAACUCUUUCAGAGGCAACCCGCAGCAGUCCAUGCUUUGAUAGAUGAAACGCAAAACUGUGAUGAUAUCGCCGUAAAUUUUAUCAUUGCCAAGCACAUCGGGAAGGCUUCAGGGAUAUUUGUGAAACCUGUAAACAUGGUCAAUUUAGAAAAAGAAACCAACGGUGGCUAUUCUGGAAUGUGGCAUCGAGCCGAGCACUUUCUGCAGAGGUCUUACUGUAUAAAUAAACUUGUUAAUAUCUAUGGUAGUAUGCCCUUAAAAUACUCCAACAUUAUGAUUUCUCAGUUUGGUUUUCCAUAUGCGAACCACAAAAGUAAAAUUUGAAAAGUAAAACAAACAAAAACAAACCUCGAAACUGUUUAGU